GGCCCUGCACAUGUACAUCAGUAUCGUCAAGGUGUUCACUGCCUACCUCAGCAGAUAUAUGCUCAAGCUCUCGCUGAUGGGCUGGGGUAUUCCUCUUGUCGUGGUAAUCAUUGUAAUCUCAGUGGACAAAAACAACUAUGGUCUGGUUGCAUAUGGAAAAUAUACAGACGGCCCUUCAGAUGACUUCUGUUGGAUACGCAAUAACCUCGUCUUCUACGUGGGUGUGGUGGCCUACUUCCUCCUCAUCUUUGUAUUGUGCUUCGUGGUCUUCAUCGUUGUGCUGGUCCAGCUGUCUCGGAUCAAGAAGCAAAACCCCCAGAACCAGUCUCCUAACAGGGGAAUGGUGUCUGAUAUGCGCAGUGUCGCUGGCCUCAUCAUCCUGCUUGGCCUCACCUGGGGCUUUGCUCUGUUUGCCUGGGGACCCCUCAACUUACCAUUUGUUUAUCUUUUCUCUAUAUUCAACUCGCUGCUAGGUUUCUUUGUCUUCAUUUUCCACUGUGCUGUGAAAGAGAAUGUCCGCAGGCAGUGGAGAACAUAUCUCUGCUGUGGAAAGCUGCGAUUGGCUGAAAACUCAGAGUGGAGUCGGACAGCCACCCAGAACAUCAGAAAUCAGUCGAUCACUACUACAACCAAUUCAGCACCCCUCUUCACCUCUCGAAGCGCCUCCAUCAUCAGUGGCGCCACCUCUAGCAGUGGGUCUGUGUUUGUGGACAGCGGAAUAUCUGAUGGCACUAACAGCGAUGUUGUCCUCAAUGAGCUCCACAGGCGAAAUCUGUCACUGCAAGACACCGCCUGACACCUGUGUCAAGAAUUCAUUUGUGAUAACUGUAAUGACCUAGUGUGAGUGAGCCAAGAGCAUGGUCAGAUAUUAGGGAUCUGCUACAACUUGCAUGGACAAAGAACUCAUUAAUAGAUAUUUAUAAGUUCAAAGAAAUUGUCAGUGUUAUACAAGAUGGUUUUAAAGGUGCAAUGAAGGACACAUGACGAGAUGAAGCAAGAUUGAAGUAGGCCUACCUGAGGUGAAAAUGUUAUUUAAUACCAUUUCUACAAUGGGAAGAGAAUAUAUGAAAAAAAAAA